CUGGCCUGCACUCUCGAGAACUCGGCCAACACCACCUUUCUCGAUCGGUGGGGUGUUGUGCGAAACAUCAAUGGUCCCUUCUGGCCGCUGGGACGAGGGCCUCUGAUGCCAGCGCCGAGGAUACGGGGUUACAAGCUGCGGGACUCCGGCAAACCGGAUGUCAGUUCCUACUCCCUCGCGAGGCAACAGCAGGUACUCUCGCGUCUGAUGGAGGUCAGGAGAAACAGCCUCACUGAUGCAACCACACAACCAACUGUCCUCUCCUCGCAGCCCAGUAAACCAUUGCUCGUGUUUGAUACGGAACUCAGUGCUCCACUGGAACAGCGUCUCAAACAGUGGCAGCAGAGGGCGUCGUUCUCCAACACCGAGGCGAGCGGACACUCGUCUGGUGCUCCUUUUCUCCUCUUUGAAUCUCGGUUCGAGUCCGGAAAUCUGAGACAGGCCUACCGAGUGUAA